AUGCCAGACAACACCAUGGCCAUCACUGGCGUGACAAAGUCUACAGACGGCGACGAAGACCAAUCUUUACCCACCAUGCAGCAGCCCAACCAAGAGUCGGCAUCAGUGCAAUCCCUGAUCACCAUGGAGGAGCUCGAAAUGUUCCAAUUGGUCAAGCAACAUGUGGAAGCCAAAGACCUUGACUACAACGACUUUUUAAAGACCAUACAUUUACUCUAUACCAGCGGCGUAUGUGAUGCCGAGUUCCUUGUGCAACAAAUUCAGCCUUACAUUGGAGACGACGCGUAUCUCUUUGACUGGUUCAAAUCCAUCUUGGGCUUGCAAGCAUCUCGUCGCACAUCCAUUCAGCCAACCAUCACUUCAAAUGAUACCAAAGCAUCGCCAUCCAUUCAAGAAGCCGAUCACGUGGAUGAAUGUACCACAAGUUAUCGCUACGCAUCCAAAGAAUGGAAGGAACAACCAUGUACAGGCAAAGACGCCCUAUGUCAUGAGGUGUUGAACAAUGACUAUGUAUCCCAUCCAAUAUGGCAACGAGAAGAUAGCGAUUUCCCUGCCACCAAAAAGAAUCUUCACGAACAAGAAAUGCAUGGCUGUGAGGAAGAGAGACACAAGUAUGAUUCAGCGAUUGACAUCAAUGCGAGUGCAGUUGCCUAUUUGGAGUCCAUGAUGGCAGCUGCGGCAGGUGAAUUUGCCAUCAAGGAGGAGAAAUUAGUGUUGAAUUCCGUCACCAUCUCAGCCAUCAAGCGAGUCUAUGACAGUCAAAGAGCUCAAGAGGUCCUCGGCAUGCUUCAAAAAUACCCCGUUCAGAUUGCUCCCAUUGUUAUAAAGCGAUUACGUCAAAAGGGUGCUCAAUGGAAACGAAAACAGUAUGAGUUAUUACCGAUAUGGCGAGAACGAGAUGCCAAGAAUUAUUAUCGCGCACUUGAUUAUGCAGCCUUGACGUUCCGAACAGUGGAUCGGAAGGCAACCACCACGCAAAAGAUUCUACAGGAGAUCAAAAAUAGGCAAGGGCAUUGGGCAUUUGAGUAUGGCGAAGACAUGAGCGUGAUGCAAGAUGUGGUCCACGUUAUCCUUUCGUAUGCAACACGGCAUCAUGCAAUUGUCGAUCGUGAUGUUAUUCGAAAUUUCCUUCAUCGAUUCAUGCCGUGGUUAUUUGGCUUGUACGGCAUUCCCGAAUUACAGCCUUCAUCCUCCGCCUCCUCUUCCUCUUUCUCUAACACCAUCAACAAUGAUACCACCACCUCAUCAUCCUCGCCAUCACAGCAACAACCUGCUGCCAUCGCAUCUUACCCGUAUCCAUCACUCCAACCCAUCGAUGUACUUGCUCAAUUACCAUCAUCAUCACAGCACCAACAACAACAAUAUUUUUAUCAUCUCACGCCAACAUCACCAUCAUCAUCAUCAACAACACAUUCAACAGCAUUUCCUUCCAAUCAUACCCUUCAUGAUCAUCAUCGACCUAUUUACCUGAAUCACGCGACCCCUCUGGCAACACCACCUUCAUCCGACCAUGUAGACUUUGAUAUCGAUGACGAUUUAAAGCAACCUCUUGUCAUUCUCGACAACAGCGAUGAUGAGAGCUUGGGUCAACGAUCGACUUAUUCAAGAUCAUCUUCACCCAUUUCGUUUUCACCCCCCGGUACAUCAGGUACCACAUUCGAGUCCCCUUAUCGUACCGGCUAUCCUAAAAGCACAUGCCUCUUUUGCAACGAUGACUUUUAUUGCUUUAUUCGCUAUUAUCAGAUUCUUUAUGAACGUCUCUUGUAUAUGAAGAAUCUCAAUCGUCCACGCUAUGUUAAUUCCGUUGCCCGAAGACUCAAGAUGGAUCAGCAUUUACCAAAAGAACCCAAGGACAAGACAUAUUAUGAAGAAUGUCUUGACGCCAUCGACAAGCUUUUUGGUCGUAAAAUAGGCGCUGCCAGAUUUGAAGAAAAGUUACGAUCCUUGUAUUCUGUGGAAGCGUACCCCAUGUUCACGAUCGAUAGACUUACCAUUGCCCUCAUCAAGAGUAUCAUUGCUUUUGACUCCAAGGCCAGGGAAGCCGUAAAAGACGAAAACAACCCUGUAUUUUUCCAAGAAUUCAAUGGUGGUAUCAGGCUGCAACUUUCACGUGUUGUGGCACAAAACAAAAAGCUCUUUGAAAUCAAUAUUGAUCAUGCCCAUCGACGCGUCGCAAUGACGGAUUGGUCUGCAAAAGACUAG